AUGCGCCAUGCGUUCGCCCAGGCAAAAUCGAGCCCGUUUGGCCGCACCAUGACGACAGCGGGCUUCUUUGUGGCUAGCGGCUGGGGCUACGCGGGCUUGAGAAAUUUCAUUGCAGGUCGGGUGCGCUCAAUUGAUGACUGUGACCCGCACGGCGUUGGCAGCACAGCACAGCUCAAGCUUGGUGGAUGGCUGGCGCGCAAAGGCCCUGGAACGGGUGCUGCCAGUCCGCUACAGUACAAUCCAGUACAGGCACUAACAGCGCUGGCCAUUCGCCGGCUGGAGCCCUGCAGCCAGCGAAUCGAGGCGGCGCUCAGCCACGCCAUGCCGAAAGAGAGCGAGUGGAAAGACCCAGCCCAGCCAGAGGAGAGACGAAGGGGGUAA